UACAUAAAUAUAUAUAUAUAUAUUAAUAUUGAUAAUUUUAAUAAAAAAAUUAGAGAAUAUAAUUCUCUUUAAAAAUGGAUGAAGACGAAAAUUUGCCAAGUGGAUAUGCAAAUAAUGCAAAUUCUAAUGAUAACGAUGGAGCCGCUGGCGAUUCCGUUGCUACUGGUGAUAGUAGAAUAAAUGCAUAUGUUUCCGAAACUGAGGACGAUGCAAAUUUGCAAAACCGUUCAAAAAUAACAAAAAUCUCAAAUACUUCGAGUGCAAAUGGAAAAAAAACAGCAUCCGAAUUGAGUGCUGGUGCAAAACCUAGUUUCUGUUUUGGUAUAUCGUCAUUUAGCUUACGUAGCCGCAAAGAGGUUGCUGCACUUGUCAAUGGAGAAUGUUGUCGUGGAGGGCCGACGCCGGAUUUAGACUCCCUUAUGAAUACAUUAUUCAAUGCAAACACAGCUAUAGAUAAUCCAAAUAAUAUUGAGUGGGUACGCUGGUUAAUUGCUGGUGGUCGUACGCCACAGGAAUUUGUUAAAAUUAUACGUAGUUACGACAAUCAUGCUAAAUGUGGACUUGUUUGGGUACCACACGUCGUGGCGUAUAGGUGCAGAACUUGCGGAAUUUCGCCCUGCAUGUCAAUUUGUAGAGAUUGUUUUAAAAAAGGUGAUCAUACAAAUCAUGAUUUUAAUAUGUUCUUAUCUCAAGCGGGCGGUGCUUGUGAUUGUGGUGAUACGUCUGUGAUGAAGGCUGAGGGUUUUUGUUGUGACCACGGUAUAAAUAAUCGAGCCAAUAAAGAUCCUGUUCCUACAAAUUUACUUGCUGUGGCUGAAGUGAUUAUGCCUAAACUGUUAUUUCGACUCUUACAACAUUUUCGCGAACAUAGUGAUGCUACAUCACAGACAUAUAAUAUGGCUGCAUAUUCGUGUGAUGAAUUCGCUAAUAUGUUAAUCGAUCUAAAUAAUAUGGGAGAAAUAAUGCGUAAAGUCAUGACCCGCGCACUUAUGAAUCCUGAGGUUUAUAAAAGUUUCAAUGAAUCUUCAUAUAUGGAUACAGUUGAAGGUCGAUAUCUUAGAUCAAAUAAAGAAAAAUAUGAGGAUGCUGUUAAUAGAUUUCCGCGUCCUGAACCUCCCGAUGAUUACAAACACUUGCCUGCAUUAGGUGAAAAAUUAGUACACACAACAUUACUUGAGGAGUUCAUAUUUUGGACAUUUAAAUUUGAAUUUCCACAAAAUUUGGUUUGUUUUCUAUUAAAUAUGUUGCCAGACCAAGAGUAUAAGGAACAUCUAACUCGUACAUUUGUAAUGCACUAUAGUCGCAUACCAUCGGUUUUGGAAAUGUCACGUGAUCCCGAUACAUUAAGUAAUCGCGUCGUCCAUAUGAGUGUACAAUUAUUUUCAAAUGAAACUUUAGCACUCAAAAUGGUUAAUGAACUUUCGUUGUUACAUGUUAUGAUUAUUAGUUUGAAACUAAUGAUGUCGAAAAUUCUCAUACAAAACACUUUGCAUGAUCCUGGUAAAAAUUUUCAUUUCGUUAUUGAUUGUACGCGUCAAGUGAUGAAAGAUCACUGCUAUUGGCCUCUUGUAUCAGAUUUUAAUAACGUACUCUCCCAUGAAUCUGUUGCUCUGGUAUUUCUUCGUGACGAUAAUCUUAUAGACAUGUGGUUCCAAUUUCUAUCUAUGUUGCAAGGAAUGAAUGUAAAUGUACGUGAAACUACUUCACAUGUUGAAUUCGAACCGAACUCAUAUUAUGCGGCAUUCUCAUGCGAGUUAGAAGCAAGUGCGUAUCCUAUGUGGUCCAUUAUUUCACAUUUACAAGAUAACACACAUGCGCAUUUGGCUAAGAAAAUUAUAUCAUAUUGUGUCAACACUUUGCAUGAAUGGAUCGAUGCAAUCUACUUCGUAGAACCAAUACUAACUAAGGAUGAAAUGAUGCAAGCAUCCUUUCAUUUUCCUCUGCACCGAUACUUAGCUGCUUUCAUAUGUCAAGCUGUUACCAAAAUGGGAAUGCCAUUAUCGCAAAUUUUGCCGGAAAACAAUAUUUUGCCACUUCUAAUGAUACACCCCUUAAGAGUACAGAGCUUUUUUUACGAAAUAUUAGGUGGAAAGUGGGUGCGAAAUGGCUUGCAAAUAAAAGGUCAGGCCAUGACUUAUAUACAAGCGAAUUUUUGUAAUUCAAUGGCCGAUAUGGAUUUAUUUUUCUUGCAAUUGUGCUCUACCAAUAUGGUAAAUAGUACCUUUUUGCAAGUCACUAUGAAGCUAUUCAGCAUUGAACCGUGGUUAGAAAGUGCACCUUUAAAGCAACCGCAGAAAGCGGAGCACUCUUCAAUGUUGGAAGGUUUUCUCACAUUUCUGGCAACUCUAGUUACCAGCCGUACUAAUUUAGGCAAUGAUGAGGCCACACAGUGUAUUAUAGAAAUAAGCGCAUUAUUGGCUACUGAUAAUAAAACGCAUUCACAAUUGUUGGAACUGAUGCCAGAACGGUCAGGAAAUGUUCACACAAAGAAUUUUGAAAUAUUUCUAAAAGAAUUAUCCGUAUAUAAAGCUCCGUCAUCUGGUUCAGAAAAUUUAGAACAAGGUUUGUUUACACCUAUUGAUGACGUUUGGGAAAAAUAUUAUGAUCCCUUACAUGUAUUGUUACGCGCUGUACACCGUCGUGAUUUCCAAUCAUCAUUAGAUCGAUUUACUAAUUAUGUUAAAAGUAAAAAUAAAAUGCCAGUCAGCGGUAAUUUAUGGCCACCAUUUAGGCUUCCGAAGCCUGUUGGAAAAGCUUUUAGCAAUCCAUGUGAAGUAUUGAACUCUCAUAUAUUCCAUUCUGUAGUUCUUUCGAUACUAUUUCGAGCAGUUCAUUCAAGAGACGUUUCCGAACAUUUGCUAGCGCUUGUCAUAUUUUUACUAGAAAUCAGUAUAGAAGCAAAUGAAACCGAUAACAAAGAAUCUAGUAGUGCUGGAAUAGUGGAAGUCAUUGAUCAUAAAAGUUCUUCUAAAUAUCCAAAUUCGUCAAAAAGAUCCCCACCUAAACUCUUUCAAUGCUAUAGAACAGAUAAUCUUAGUUGUAAUUUAAGACAUGUGGUUUCAAAGAUCUCACUUAACACUGAAGAAAACGACAUUGCAACAUCUGCUUAUCGUUCAAAGACGUACUAUCCUGAUAUUGAUUUUGAAGAUAUGCCAGGAGCGGCUGCUAUGAUAACAGGGAGUGAUCAUGAUUUACUUGGUGGAACUGUUAGCAAUCUGUCUACAGCAAUGGUGCCUGUUCGUAUGCCCAAUAUGGAGGUUGCUAUACCACCAGAUCUUUCUGUGGUACCGGAGCAAGGACUUAUUAUCAGUCAAGAUAGUCAAGAUGACGAUGACGAUGAUUCUUUACGAGAAUUAGGAAAUGCCAUAGAAAACACACCACAAAAUUUAGGAUAUCAUUUUACAUUACAACCAAUAACGUUACCUGAAAGUGGUAUGGAGGUUGCAAUACGACGAGAUUUAUUACUUGCCGAAAAUACUACGACUGAUGUUGUACCAGACGGUGCUACAGUCGCCGCUGUACAACGUCAGCAAAACGAAAUGUUCUCUCCUACCACUCCAAACGCAAACGCGAUGCUUUUGCCUUUUCAACGUGUCCAACCGGUGGCAGUGCCAAGCAGCAAUAUGGAUAUAGUGCCUUCAAAUACAAUACCAAGAGCUGUUAGUACUUUUGGAUCACUACGUUCUUACGAGAGUAUGACACGUAAACGUACCGUAGAUAAUGCUAUUGCUGGUAGUAAAAACGAAAUUCCAAUUGGAGAAAGUAUUCUUACAUUAUUAAUGAAAUUACACUCACAGUUGAGUGGUACAUUAGACAGUUUCUCCCUUUCUGAUGGUGCGCCAAUUGAUAACUCCGAAAAUACUUCAAACGAUCACAUGGAUACAAGUGAAAAUGAUUCAAUGGAUAUAGACUGCAAUGAGGCCAGUACAUCAACUGCUGCUACAAGCUCUGAUUCUAGUCAACGAAAUUCAAAAAAACGACUGCACAACUACAAAAAAAUACAUGUCUCAGAAUCUCGUAUUGGGGACGGCCCUUACUUUAUAGGAAAUUUGUUGCGAAAAAUUGCAAAACAAGACGAGCUUUGCGCACAAAAUAUUGAAGAAAUUCGUUCACGAUUAUGGCCAAAUCAAAGAGAAAAACAAGCUGAACAAAAAGCUCGGGAAGCUAAAGAAAAAGAAGAACGACGUGAACGGGCACGCGAUAGGCAAAUGAAAAUGAUGCAAGAGUUUGCGAAUAAACAAAAACAGUUUAUGCAAACUGCUGCACAAAAUAUGGAAUGUGGUUUUGACGAUGUGGAAGAUGAAGCUUUCGAGGAACAACCAAGAGAGAAGGAAUAUGAUUGCAUUAUAUGUAAUUGUACGACUUCUAGUACUGAAUCAAAUCCAAUUGGGCUAGUUGUACUAGUGGAAUCCAGUGGUAUAGUUGGACAUCGACGUCGCAAUGUUGAGCGCUUACCUCUACCAUUAUCUGCUGAAGAUGAACAACGACUUAAACAAAGUUCCCGUCUUGCAACUGAAUUUAAUAGGCGUACUGAACUACUUACGCUUAAAUUUGGCGAAGAGUCUUGGUAUCUGUCUAAUAACAUGUCUUAUGAAAAUGGUAUACAUGUGCAGUCAUGUGGUCAUCAUGUUCAUCUAAGUUGCUUAGAUGCCUAUUUGAAGACUUUGUAUGCUACACAACGGCAACUUGUACACGAACGUGGCGAAUUUAAUUGCCCUGUAUGUAGACAAUUAUCGAAUUCGGUAUUACCGUUAAGCCCACAGCUAGAUCGACCAACACCACUUGUACGUUCUGGCACACAACCUUUUGAGCAGUUAGUCUCUGAAUUAGCAGAAUUAAUAAAAGAUAAUGAGAAAUCUCCUACAUCUACAAAACUCUCUGAAGCCAUGGGUCGUGCAAUGGAAGAUAUGACCAAUAUAACAAACCGGAAAUCAAAACGCGUUCAUCCAACAUUUCGUAAUCUAUUUGUUUUUGUUACUUCAAUAGCUAGAACGAAUCUUGAAUCAGAAAUAAUACAAAGAGGUGGUUCUCUUUGUUCAGUUACUUCCACUCGUUACAAACCGAAACGUGAUUGUAUUGUACCCUUAUUGCAUGUGUUAUCAGUUCAUGUGCGUGUUCUGGUAGAAUGGCCGUUGUGGCGAUCGUGGGCUUCUUUAGCCGGAAUGCCAGUAAUUGACUCGGCACCUGUGCCUGCGCAUUGCCGUGAAUUAAUACCAAGUCUUUUAGCGGAUCCGAUAGCACUGCUUUUAAAAUUCAUAUUAUUAGCUCCUUUGCAUUUGGAUCAAGAAUAUUUUACAUGCAUGGUGAAAGUUAUGUACAAUCUUCUAUACUAUCAAAUUAUCGUGCAAUUAUGCAUUACCCUAACUGAUCUCGAAUGUGAUUAUAUAUUAUCCAAAUUUAAUGUGCUACCUUCUGCUGAAAACGUUUAUAGUCGCACACACGUAGGUGCAGCUGGAAAUCUUUCAUACUUGGGGCGUGCCAUGGCAUUGGUAUUGAAUCAAACAAAUCGUCUGACGCAUUUGCGACGUGAAAGUAUACCCUCCACAUCGGGAAGUGGUUCAACGUUACUAAGCACUGCCGUCUCUUCGACAUCGAAUGAUGCAAUAACAACUAUUGAAGUCAAUUUAAAAUCUAUGGAAAUGCAAUUGCAGUCAUUGUGCUUACCUUUUCUUCGCAUUGCAGCACUAUUAAGACAACAUCUAUACCAUUAUGAUAUGCCAGAAAUUUCAGCUCCUGGAUUAGAGUUUGUACGCUUAGUAUACUAUUUAGAAUUGGUUACAGAUUCAAUGGAUUGGGACUGUUUUAAUGCAUCGAAAGGUCUUUGUUUUAUACCUGGUACCGAGCACACAUUACCGCAAUUUUGGUGUGAACAGCUUAUGGAUAUUAGGCCACCAACAGAUACAAUACGUGAACUAAUAAUUGUCAACCAGCAUGCUUCAUGGCAGCAACCAAAGUUGCUUGAAUUGCCGCGCGAAUAUGAACGCUUAUUUACGUAUUAUCAUGAACGCCCUUGCUUAAAUUGUUAUAAAGUUCCAAAGGAAAGUUCAAUAUGUUUAUUAUGUGGGACAAUAGUAUGUCUAAAGCAAAAUUGUUGUUCGGAAAAUGAAUGCUGCGAAGCUGUCAGACACACAAUCACUUGUGGUGGUGGCAUAGGAAUAUUUCUUGUAGUGACUUCAACCUAUAUAAUUGUAAUACGAGGACGACGUGCUUGUUUGUGGGGCUCUUUAUAUUUAGACGAUUUUGAUGAGGAAGAUCGGGAUUUAAAACGAGGGAAGCCACUUUAUCUCAGUCAAGAUAGGUUUAAUCUAUUGGAAUCACAAUGGUUGUCACAUAAGUUUGCUCACACAAAACAUACUUGGGUGUUCCAUAGAGACUUGUUGUGAAAUAUGGAAGAACUAUUGCGAAGUAUACAAGAACUUGUUGGACAAAUAUAAAUCGAGAAACAAAUAAAUCUUAACAUAAAAGGAAUUCGGACAGGAUUAAGUGCACAUGCGAACAUAUAUAUAUAUAUAUAUAUUUACAUAUGCAUACAUGUAUAUGUAUAUAUGUA